GUGACAGCAUCACGCAUUGUAUCACGGCCAUGGCCAUGACGUCACCGGUGUGAAGCGGAAGUAGCAGUCAGGUUUAUGCUGAGGAUGAGCUGUAUGCAUGGCUGUGGUGUCGGGUGGGCUGUGAAAUGUUAAUAUAAUAUAUCCAUGAGUGACCCCUGAAAACGGACAGUUUUAGUUGAGCGGCCAUGAAGACAGUGUUUGUCACUGUCGGCACCACGAGCUUUGAUGAGCUCAUUGAAAGCAUCACGUCUCCAGAGACCGUACAGGCUUUGAAGGCUCGUGGAUAUGAGCGUUUGGUUCUUCAGGUUGGAAGAGGAUCUCUUCUUCCAGCUGCUGACAGCUGUCCACACAUCAGACUUCAGGCUUAUCGAUUCAAAGACUCUAUAGCAGAAGACAUCAAGCAGGCUGACCUCGUCAUCAGCCAUGCAGGCGCAGGCAGUUGUUUGGAGGCGCUUGGUGCCGGCAAAUCUCUGCUGGUCGUCGUCAAUGACAAGCUGAUGAACAACCACCAACUGGAGAUGGCCAGACAGCUGCACAUGGACUCGCACUUGUUGUACUGCACGUGCAGCACACUGACACAAACACUGAGGACGAUGGAUCUCUCUGUUCUUCAGCCCUUUUUGCCCGGACAGCCUAAGAAUUUUGCGAAUUUCCUCGACAAAGCCCUUGGUGUUCAGUGAAACUUUAAUUUUACAGGACUGCUUGUUUUCUGUCACACUGACAUUUGAUGAUUUGUAAAAAUAUCAUGUAGUAGUAGAUUAUGAUACUACUUCUUACGUUUGAUUUUGAUUGUACAGCACUCAACUGUUUUGACCAUUUGAGUUUUUUCUAUUUCUGUGUGCAAUACUAAUAUAUGUCUAAUUACAAAUCCAAAUGUGUGCUGUGAAUUAUUAUUAUUAUAAUUAUUACCUUCGCCAAGGAGGUUAUAUUAUGUUCGAUUUGUCAGUUUGUUUGUUUUUUUUGUCUGUCAGAGAAACUACUGACCCAAUUUUCAUGAAACAUGAAUGGGUGUACACAAUGGGCCAACGAAGGACCCAUUACAGUUUCGAAUCACACGGCGGAUACACAAAAUAAUUUUUCACUUUUGUUAACAUUGCAAAAUAGUGUGCUGCAUUUAAGUGGUGUCGGAAUAAUUGGAAAAAAAUAUUUCCCAUCUGGGAAAAUUCCCACUGCAUUAACAUUGUGAGAUAGGGGCAUGCCUUGGCGGAGGUCUGCUCUCUCUGAGUGCCCUUCAAGUUUGUAUAUUUAUUUUUUAUAAAAGUGCAAGGAAAACCAAACUUGUGCGUGGUAAGUGAUUGUGACACUUGUAAUUUUUAUACAAUGAAUGAAUUUAGUCUGCGCUGAAGUGUUGACCUCAACUGUCGAGUCGAUUUUAUUUGCUGAUUUGUUAAUCUAGAGAGAGAGCAAAGAAAAGCUUAUGCUUAAUGCUAACUACUAAUUUUAGCCAGCACUAUAUAUGGGGUCCAGUUCAUAAAAAUACGCAACUCUUAGUAUUUGUCACAUGAAGAGAAAGUACCAGCUAUCACUUAGAAUGGCUCUUAAAUAGUUUAUCUUAUCAGGAAAUGAUGAUGUUAACUAAUGUUCAUCAUUAGUCGACUGUCUAGACGGUAUACUUCUUAGCAGUGUAUUUGUUUUGUUGUGUUUAUUGUUUGAUUGUGUAUUUCUUGAAUUGUAUGUAACAUGUAUGAUUUAAUUACUGUCUACUGUGUUUGUGUCUGGGGAAGUCUCAUCAGCGACAGCUCUCCUCAAGAGGACAGACGUCUUGACUUAGACCAAACUGCCUGUAAGUCUGUUUGUCAUUUAGCGUUGCUCUAUUUUUUGUUAUGUCUGUGUAAUCUCAGUGCUACAAACUGUUCUUUAUUAGUAGGCCAAGGGCCGUAUCAGAGCACAUGCUGGAAGAAAAACAAAAUUAGAUAAAGUAUAAAUUAUAUACUGAAAGUUUCACUGAAGGUGUCUAUUAUGAAAUCAAAUCUGAAUAAUCUAACCUACACUGUACAUAGCUCUCUGAAUAUUAGUUCAUAUUUUACUUACUUAUAAGGCAGACAAAAGCCAAUUUUCUGCACAAAGAGAAUUUGCUGUAUUAAGGAGAGGCAAGUUGUACCAAUUCUUGCAACAAGGGCGUGUUCAUUAUUAAAACUAUUACCUUG